CUGUAAGCCGGCAUGUGGGUGCUGGGACCCGAAUUCAGAUCCUCAGCAAAAGCAGUCAGUGCUCUGAAUCACUGAGCCAUCUCUCCAGCCCCAUGAAAGAUGACAUCGCCUCAUCAUGUGACCUUUGAGUUCCAAGCUCUGCUGUGAAAUCCUCUUCUUCAGUGAAUUCUCCACCUGAGCAGAGAGAGGUCUGUUGAGAGAACUCCUCUGGCCAUCACAAGCUGCACAGAGCAGGAAUAGAGCCCUGACUCCAGACCACACCACUGCAGCUGAUAGUCCCAUCCCCCCGAUCACAUCUAACACCCCAUACAAAGGAGUGUCCACACCAGCAUCCAGACUGGGACAUCUGUGGGACUGGAAGGAGGCCAAGCUGAAAACCUGAGCUGAGCUGACUAGAAGAUGACGGGCCGAGCCCGAGCCCGGGCCCGCGGCAGGGCCCGCGGUCAGGAGACGGUACAGCAUGUUGGGGCUGCUGCGAGCCAGCAGCCUGGGUGCAUCCCACCGAGACCUCAGCAGUCACCCGCAGAGGGGGACUUGGUUGGCCGAGGACGACAGAGAGGAAUGGUAGUUGGAGCCACGUCCAAAUCACAAGAACUGCAGAUCUCAGCUGGGUUUCAGGAGCUGUCAUUGGCAGAGAGAGGCGGUCGUCGCCGAGACUUCCAUGACCUUGGUGUGAACACCAGACAGAACCUUGACCAUGUCAAAGAGUCGAAGACAGGCUCCUCAGGCAUCAUCGUGAAGCUAAGCACCAACCACUUCCGGCUGACCUCACGCCCACAAUGGGCCCUGUACCAGUACCACAUCGACUAUAAUCCCCUGAUGGAGGCCCGCAGGCUGCGCUCUGCACUGCUCUUCCAGCAUGAAGACCUUAUUGGAAGGUGUCAUGCUUUUGAUGGGACAAUACUGUUUUUACCCAAGAGACUACAGCACAAGGUCACAGAAGUUUUCAGCCAGACUCGGAAUGGGGAGCACGUGAGGAUCACCAUCACCCUGACCAACGAGCUGCCGCCCACCUCACCCACCUGCCUGCAGUUCUAUAACAUCAUCUUCAGGAGGCUCUUGAAAAUCAUGAAUUUGCAACAAAUAGGACGGAAUUAUUACAACCCAAGUGAUCCGAUUGAUAUUCCAAAUCACAGGUUGGUGAUCUGGCCUGGCUUCACGACGUCCAUCCUCCAGUAUGAGAACAACAUCAUGCUCUGCACGGAUGUCAGCCACAAGGUCCUCCGCAGUGAGACUGUUCUGGACUUCAUGUUCAACCUGUACCAGCAGACAGAGGAGCACAAGUUCCAGGAGCAAGUGUCAAAGGAGCUUAUAGGCUUGAUUGUCCUCACCAAGUACAACAACAAGACCUACAGGGUGGAUGACAUUGACUGGGACCAGAAUCCAAAGAGCACCUUCAAGAAGGCAGACGGCUCGGAGGUCAGCUUCCUGGAGUACUAUAGGAAGCAGUACAACCAGGAAAUCACGGACUUGAAGCAGCCAGUGCUGGUAAGCCAGCCCAAGCGGAGGAGAGGCCCCGGAGGCGCACUGCCUGGCCCAGCCAUGCUCAUCCCAGAGCUCUGUUACCUCACAGGCCUGACUGAUAAAAUGCGCAAUGAUUUCAAUGUGAUGAAGGACCUGGCUGUGCACACACGACUGACCCCUGAGCAGCGGCAGCGGGAGGUGGGCCGCCUCAUCGACUACAUCCACAAGGAUGACAAUGUGCAGAGGGAGCUUCGCGACUGGGGCCUGAGCUUUGACUCGAACUUGCUGUCCUUCUCAGGAAGAAUCUUGCAAUCUGAGAAGAUCCACCAGGGUGGGAAGACGUUUGAUUACAACCCGCAGUUUGCAGACUGGUCCAAAGAAACAAGAGGCGCACCGCUGAUCAGCGUGAAGCCACUGGAUAACUGGCUGCUGAUCUAUACCCGCAGGAAUUAUGAAGCGGCCAACUCCCUGAUCCAGAACCUGUUCAAAGUCACUCCGGCCAUGGGCAUCCAGAUGAAAAAGGCGAUCAUGAUCGAGGUGGAUGACAGAACAGAAGCUUACCUGAGAGCCUUGCAGCAGAAGGUGACAUCAGACACUCAGAUAGUCGUCUGUCUGUUGUCAAGUAAUCGGAAGGACAAAUACGAUGCCAUCAAAAAGUACCUGUGCACAGACUGCCCCACCCCAAGUCAGUGUGUGGUAGCCCGGACCCUGGGCAAGCAGCAAACAGUUAUGGCCAUCGCCACCAAGAUCGCCCUGCAGAUGAACUGCAAGAUGGGUGGGGAGCUCUGGCGGGUGGACAUGCCUCUGAAGCUGGCGAUGAUUGUGGGCAUCGACUGUUACCAUGACACCACAGCUGGGCGGAGGUCCAUCGCAGGAUUCGUUGCCAGUAUCAAUGAAGGGAUGACCCGCUGGUUCUCCCGCUGCGUCUUUCAAGACCGUGGACAGGAACUGGUAGAUGGCCUCAAGGUCUGCUUGCAAGCUGCUCUGAGGGCUUGGAGUGGCUGCAAUGAAUAUAUGCCCAGCCGUGUCAUUGUGUACCGGGACGGUGUAGGGGAUGGACAGCUGAAGACCCUGGUCAAUUAUGAGGUCCCACAGUUCCUGGACUGUCUCAAGUCAGUCGGGAGAGGUUACAACCCAAGACUGACCGUGAUUGUGGUGAAGAAGCGUGUCAAUGCCAGGUUUUUUGCACAGUCUGGGGGAAGACUCCAGAACCCUCUUCCAGGGACAGUCAUCGAUGUAGAGGUCACUAGGCCAGAGUGGUAUGACUUUUUCAUCGUGAGCCAGGCAGUAAGGAGUGGGAGUGUCUCCCCAACACACUACAAUGUCAUCUAUGACAGCAGUGGCCUGAAGCCCGACCACAUCCAGCGGCUGACCUACAAGCUCUGCCAUGUGUACUACAAUUGGCCUGGAGUCAUCCGAGUCCCUGCACCCUGCCAGUAUGCACAUAAGCUGGCCUUCCUUGUGGGCCAGAGCAUCCACAGAGAACCGAACCUCUCCCUGUCCAACCGCCUCUACUACCUCUAACCAACAGCGAGGGCCUGCACGCUGGCUUCCUUCUGGAACUCUGCCAAUCCUUCCACUUCUACUUUUCACACAAUUAUCCUUCUAGUGGGGUGUUGGGGAGGGGUUGGGGAGCCACAGUUUUGUUUCUAGUGUUGGUAUGUAGUAGCUAUAGAUUUAGCUAAGGUUUAAUGUUUGCUUUGUUUCUCAUAGUGUGUUGGGACAGUUGGCUUGGCAGAGCAUUGGCAAGGCCCUUGGACCACAAAUAGACUUUCCUAAAGCAGCCGUGCUGGCAGGUUCUCAGAGGUGUUCCUGGGAGCACAUCCUACCAAACGCUGCUAACUUUGUUUUGUGCACAUUUGAGUUUAAAGGAGGAAAAGAGUUAAGGCAAGAAUACCCGCAGCAUCGUAGUCAGGUGCUGUGUGGUCUCUGACACCUCAAGGCUUACAGGUAAAGGCUGGGUGCCUUUCAUUAUUUCUUUUAAGAGUUAGGUCAUAAAGAAUGAAAAGAGUUGUUGAAGAGGCUGGCAAGGCUGAUGGAAAAGUAGUGAAUGUUAUUUGUUUGUUUUGCAAUUUUCUUAUCAAGUAAAAUUAGAGCCCAUUGCUUUAUUUAACAGGGUAGUUUUUGGUUUUUUCUUUUUUUUUUUUCUUUUUUGAGACAGGGUUUCUCUGUGUAUCUUUGACUGUACUGGAACUCACUCUGUAGACCAGACUGGUCUCGAGCUCAGAGAUCUGCCUGCCUCUGUCUCCCGAGUAUUGGGAUUAAAGGUGUUCACCACCACGCCUGGCUAGUUUUUUUUUUGUUUUUGAACUAGUGGAGAUCUCUCAUGGGUAAAAUUCCACCCUGAAUGUAAAUGUGUCUAGUGUGGUGGACAUGCCUGUGGUCUCGGCACUCGGGAAGUGAAACCGGAGAACCCCAAGUUCACAGUUAGCCUAGGCUAUGUGGUGAGACCUUCACCAAAAGACAAAUAGAUGUAUGGGUUAUGGGUGCCAGUGUCUGCAUGAGCUAUGGGAGCAACAACUGCAUCUGUCCCUGGGGUCUGCAGGGCUGCAGCCUGUGAGACAGGCAGGCCACACCAGGUGUGACAACAUCCAUUUGUCUGGCUCUUUUGCAAAGAGGAGGCUUGCAGUUCUGCAUGUCGUGAGAGCAGCUUGAAGUGUGGCUACUGUGAGAUUUACUCAUCCGUGAUGUGUGUGCCCCUGGCACAGCUCAAUAAAGUUUCCGUCUCACUUUC